AAUAACAGCUGUGGGAAUUUUGUUUUACAAAAGAUUCUUUGUAAGUUGUACCUCUAUUUUCUUGCAUACUAUUGCAAAAGUUUAAAAUUAAAAUGGAAGAUUGGUUAAGUGAAGGAUUAUCUAAGAUAUUAGACUUCGAAAUCCCCGAAGAUUUGAUAAAAUACAUUUUAUCAAUAGAAAACGAGAAGGAUUUGAAUGAGUAUCUUAAAACUUUACUCGAUUUCGAUAAUUCACAGCAUAAAAACUUUUACUUGGAGUUGACUAAAAGGAAAUUUCCGAAUAGAGGAAAUUCUCAAGCAAAACAGCAGAAGAAAAAGAUAUCGAAAAAUAAGCAACAAGAUUUUAUGAGCAUUGAACAGCCACCUACACAAAGUGCUGCCACUGAGGAGUCUAAAUCAAAGAAAAAGACUAAAUAUGUCAACCUUUACUCCCAAGAGGGAAAAAAUGCUCAAGUUGUUUUAUUGAAAGGUAGGAACCACUGUGACUGUCAGGCAUCCAAACAUCAGCUGAUCAAUAACUGUCUACAAUGCGGCCGAGUUGUUUGCCAACAAGAAGGUUCUGGGCCUUGUCUGUUUUGUGGGAAUUUGGUAUGUACUCCAGAAGAGCAAAGGGAAAUCAACGCGAAGACCAAAGCCAGUGCCAAGCUGAUGGAGAGUCUGAUGGAGAAGAGCCGCCCUAAAGGCUGGGAGGCUGCCUUGUCACAUAGGAACAGACUGCUAGAGUAUGAUCGCACCAGCGAGCGUCGUACUAAGGUGACAGACGACGAUAGCGACUACUUCAGCGCCAACAGCGUGUGGCUGAGCGCGGCCGAACGCGACAAGCUGCAGAAGUACCAGCAGUCGCUACACGAGAAGAAGCACGCUUCCAGGCUUAACAAGAAGAUGACCUUCGAUUUCGCUGGUCGUCAAAUCGUAGAAGACAAGACAAUUGACCAUGAAGUGGACGAAGAACGUAUCAGACAAAUGACUGCGAAUAGCGGUAACACCGGUAGUAGCACUCAAAUGUUGCGAUCAGAUUUAUUGGUCGACUCGUCGAGCGAUCGCGACGUCGCGCCUGGUGUGAAUGCGCCUUUAUUACAGUUCGACGAGUCAGUCAGUCAGGAGAGUCAGGGCUACGCAUCAGCGGUAAGAUCGACCUGGCAUCAGACCUCGCGCAUACAGGAUCUAGAACUUCAAGAGAUGAGCGACACUGGAAAAUGUCUGUCCAUGCAUCAACCCUGGGCUUCCUUGCUUGUUGAGGGUAUAAAACGACACGAGGGUCGAACCUGGUACACCAGUCACCGCGGCCGGCUGUGGAUAGCCUCCACGGCUAAAGCACCAGAUCAUUCCGUUGUGAGAGCUGUCGAGAACCAGUAUAGAGUUCUGCGUCCAGACGAGCAGCACAAGUUUCCAUCUUUCUACCCGACCGGCUGUCUACUGGGGUGCGUCAACUUAGACGAUUGCUUGCCGCAAGAAGAAUAUGCCAAGAAAUAUGCAGACAUGGAUGAGAGUGACAGCCCCUAUGUAUUCAUUUGCUCCAACCCCAUCAGCUUGAGGCUACGCUUUCCUAUCAAGGGACACCAUAAGAUUUAUUCUUUGGACAAGAAUAUUCAUCAAGCGGCAGUGAAAUGUAUUCAGAAAACAUCGAAAAUGCAGGCCGAAGAAGCAAACGCUGGAUAAGUCAAACAAAUAUAACUCUUAAUUUAUAAUUCUGUGUUUAUUUAUCAAAAGAAAGUGAAAAUAAAAGCAUUUGUUACUUA